AUGACCCAUUAUAAUAAUGAAAAUGCGACGAUAGCUUCCAAGAAGGGAGUCAUAUAUGAAGUUUGGCAAAAUAAUAUUAAUGAGGCAUUUCAAAUGAUCUCAGAAAUCAUGGAUGAUUUUCCAUAUGUCGCGAUAGAUACAGAGUUCCCAGGCGUAGUGGUACGUCCUACAAAUAACUAUUAUGAAUAUUAUUACCAGACUGUCCGGUUUAAUGUGGAUUUGCUUAAAGUCAUUCAAAUAGGCUUAAGCUUUAGAAAUAAAUAUGGUCAGGCACCUACAAAUAUUUGCUCAACUUUUCAGUUUAACUUUAAAUUUGAUAUGGAAUAUGAUAUUUAUUCUCAAGAAUCAAUUCAAUUUCUUCGUCAUUCUGGUAUCGAAUUUGACAAACACCUUAAUAAUGGAAUCGAUUUUUUGUGUUUUGGUGAACACAUGUAUGGAAGUGGACUUGUUCUCAACCCCAAAGUUAAAUGGAUUAGCUUUCAUGGAUGCUAUGAUUUUGCUUACCUUGUAAAGAUCCUAAGUUCUCAACCUCUACCAGAAACUGAAACAAACUUUAUAGAACUUGUUAAAGCACUUUUCCCAACACUUUAUGACCUUAAAUUUAUACUGAAGCAACUUUCCAACCUUAGUCACCUUUCCUCGUUACAAAAACUCUCUGAACAUCUUAAAAUUCAAAGAAUUGGAAUUGCUCAUCAAGCCGGUUCUGAUGCACUUGUUACAUGUUGUACAUUCUUCAAAUUAUUCAAACUUCAUCUUAAUUCCCACGUUGAUGAUACCCUCUUUAAUGGACAAAUUUAUGGCUUUGGCCUUUCUCCUCCAACUGCUGUUAAAUAA